AUACCGAAAACUAAAGAAUGGCGCAUUUUUCUGUAGUUUCACUCACCCAAGUUGUUUUGCUGUUGGUUUUCAUCUGCUGGACGACGAGUUCGACUGGCGCUGCCUUUUCCAUAGAAGAAGAAUUCCUACAACUGAAGAAAAAUUAUAUUCAAAUGAAACAAGACAUGAAAAGUUUGAAAUCGACAGCGAUUGAACAGCAGGCAAAAGUGACACAACUGGAGGCGCAACUCGAACUAAAUAAUGAACUAAGACAAGAUUUGGCAUUGAAAGUAACUCAAUUUGAGGCGAAAAAUAUCCAACUGGAAGUCAAAAUUGGAAAACUGGAGGCCAAAGUUGAAAUACAAGAUUCGCUUUUAACUUCCCUGUUACGAGAGAAAAAUGAACGUACAGCAGCAGCAACCGAUUCUGUUUCAAUUAGCAAUAAUGCAUCGGCAGUUUCAAUCAACGGACUGCCGUCUUCAUGUGGGGAUCUCAAAAUGAUUGGCCAUAUGUGGAGCGGAUUUUAUUCCAUCAUGGGAUCGGCGAUGAUGGAAUCCGUUUACUGCGACUUCACUAAACUCCCUGAAGAUGCGGGUUUUCAGAAAUUUAUCGGAUUCGUUGACGUCAAGUCCCAGCCCGUCCAUUUCUACGUCCAGAGAAAUGAUUCAUUUUUCACACAAAACACUCCGAUUCCGUUCGAGUUUGCUUGGGUGAACGAGGGAAAUGCCAUGGAUUUAACAACGGGGGAAUUCACGGCACCGCGACCGGGAAUUUAUUUUUUCUCUUUCACGGGAGUGGCGUAUAUUUCAUCGUCAUCUUAUGCUUAUUUUUAUUCUUAUCUUUAUUUGAACGGGAACCUAAUCGGGUCGAGUCGUGUUUACGAGGGUUCCACCCCCGUUAAUCAAUGGAAUCCGUUGACCCUCCAGUCGACGCUAAAUUUGAAAAAAGGCGAUCAAGUCUGGGUGCAGAUCGCUUAUUCAAAUGGUUCAACCAAUAUAGCUUUGUUUGACGACAGUAACCACUACACCCAUUUCACGGGCUUCAUGUUGGAGGAGGAAAUUGUGGCGUCCCUUUGAGGUUCAACAUCAUCGGCGACACGAAACAUUUUCGACCCGAACAUUUUUGUUUAACGUCGAAACGAAAUUUUGGGGAGGGAGGGAAGCAAAUUCGUUCAAUUUUUAUUCAUUAAGGGGCGAGCAUUUCUUGACAGAAAUCGAACUGUAUGUGCAAAUACACUUAUUGAAUAAAUGAAUACACAAACCAAGUUUCAA